AACAUUUUAAUGGUGUUGUUUUGUAUAUAUAUUAGUUGAAAUGAAAUAAAAGCAGUUCGCUGCCAAGCAACAUUUGACACGUACACCUGCAAAACUAGUUGUGGAGUUAUUUUAGACACCAAUCUCAUGAUCGUGAACACAGCACUGGCAGCAUUUCGAAAAUGUCACUGCCAAAGCUCUUCAGCCUCAUAUUAAUACUGCCUGCAUUUCUUGUAGCAGAAAGCGCUAAUGUAUAUUACCGAUACCGCAUGUCAAGAUGCAUCUACAAAUCCUCCAAUAUCAGUGACAUGGUGUAUUAUGACAACUAUUAUUUCAACAAAUAUCUAUUCAUACAGUUUGAUAGCACUCUGGGGAGGUUUGUGGGGUUUAAUGAGUACGGUAGCAAACUCGCGGAGUUCUGGAACAAUGGCACCUUUGUGCAUCAAGAAAGAGCUAUCGUGGACUGGUUCUGCAAAUAUAACGCUGAAAUCUUAGACUACUGCAUCAGUGAUAACUCAGUCGCACCAAAGGUUAAGCUCAGUUCAGUGACGCGGGCCGGCGGCAGACAUCCAGCUGUGCUGAUGUGCAGCGCAUACGAAUUUUAUCCCCCGCACAUCAAAGUGUCCUGGCUGAGAGACGGCAAACCGAUGACCUCUGAAGUGACCUCCACUAUGGAGAUGGCUGACGGGGACUGGUACUACCAGAUCCACUCUGAGCUGGAGUACACCCCUAAAUCUGGAGAGAAGAUCUCCUGCAUGGUGGAGCACGCCAGUUUCAAUAAACCCAUGUUCUACGACUGGGAUCCGUCUCUGCCUGAGUCUGAGAGGAAUAAAAUCGCCAUCGGAGCCUCUGGUCUGGUUCUGGGAGUCAUCAUCGCAGCCGCUGGACUCAUCUACUACAAGAAGAAAUCAGCAGGGAGGACCCUAGUACCACAUUAAUGAUGGUUCUACUUAAACUUUAAUUCACUCGCCAAACCCAGUCCCUUAAUACAAUCAAUAUCCUGUACGUAUUUCAGGUCUUCAUUGUGAUUGCAAAUGAAAUAUAAUAAUGAAAAAUGUAUCUUUAUGAAAUCCUUUGUGACUCGUCCUUUCGGACACAAUCCUGUUUGCUUCAAAAAUACAAAGCAGGAAGCAUAAAGGAAAAGUCACGUUAAAUCUGUACGUUCAGGGGCGUGUUUCCCAAAACAACUAUGGUUGGAAUUUCAUUGUUACCAACAGAGUUCAACUUGUGACCAUAGUUGACCAAAGGUGUGAUGAUUGGUUAUAUUUAUCCUCAUUGAAAUGACAGUAACAUUUACAUAAUUAAGUGCCAGGAUUUACACAGAAACCUGUACAUAGUAGCCAGAAAGAAAUGACAAUUAAAAAAAAAACUUCUUUUCCAUCUGAACUCUUCACUUAUUCACUAUUACAUGAUUUUUCCCUCAAAAUGUUCUUUAUUUGCUGCUUAUUAAUAGCAGAUAUUAAAUGUUAAGGGUAGGAUUGGGGAUGUAGAGUAGGGUCAUUAAUAUGUGCCUAAAUUAGUGCUAAUAAAUGGUUAAUAUUGCAGUAAUAUGCCUGAUAAUAAGCAAGAGUCCCUAAAAUACCAGUAAUAGAAGUGUUACUGACUUUCUUUUAACCCGGAGCUUUUGUAUGAGGAACUAUUAAAAACUGGUGAAGAAUAGUGUAGCAAAUCAACCCUGGGCCUUUUUUAAAAUGAGCCCAAAACAAGAAGCGCUGCAAAGACCUAUUCACAGACUCUCACUGUAGCGCAUCGGAAAGAUACCAAACUAUUUGCUUAGCCAACGACUCUUAUUUGCAUCCGAGUAAAACGCCUGAUCGAACACAAGAAUAUCAGUAAUAGUCAGAAAAAUGUUCUAUCGAGCAUGUAUCUUACCCAAUAAUUAAAAUAAAACAGUUAGCGUUGGGCAUCCCACUGCACAAUGUAAAUCAUAGCCAAUGAAUAUUUUAAUCAAUGCAUUUUAAGGAGAUAUUACGAGGCUGCUUCAAAGGACACUACUGUAGUAAAUAAGUAAAUGAUGCUUUAUGAUGAUGCUUUAUGAUGCCUGGGCUCAUACGCAGAUCCCCCGCGUGAUUCUGAUCUCUUGCUAAUUCUAUGGCUGUAAUCAUGACAGUAAUAGACCUCUGGGUUUAACAACUGGUUUAACAUGCUUGCUGCAAACACACAAACACAUUCUUUUAGUCCCUAAAGUUUGUAACCAUGAGGAAGUUUUGGCGGAACUAUGGGGAAGUUUUAUAUACAGAAAACAACAACAAUUUUUUUUUUUUUUUUUUUUUAAUCAAAACGUCCCAGGACACACACAAGUUUGAAUGUGUAUGUAGAUGUAUGAAGAACUUUAUAUUUGAAAAGAUGCACGCGCAGAAUACAUCUUUUGUAAACUGCUGGCCUACAACAAUAGUGGUCAGCACAGAAAGAAAAAAUAGUGUGAUUUUUAUAUGUAUAUGUAUAAUGCGGUAUUACAUUAACUGACUGUGAUUUCAUUAAUGUGUCUAGACUUCGCCAUUAUUGUGUUUUAAUUCGCCAAGUAUGCAUUACGAUCCUAAAAAGAAGUGCGUUGAAAGCUGUACAGCUGAAUUCAGUUAAAGGAUCCUGUGCGUACUUUCUCUCUUCUUGAAAAUUAUUGUAUCAUGAUGGAAAAAAUGCUUCAUGGUGAAAAGAAAUGCUUCAUCCCUUAAUGUGUUACUUACUACCGGUUUUGAUGAUCUGAGACUGUAAAACAUACAAUAAAUAAAUGAAAAUGCUGAAAGGC